AUGUCUUUCAAAAAUUGCCGAAACAACAUAGUCAACAUACAAGGAGGAACUACAAUAGUCCCUAAAGUAACAAUAUCUGAAUCACUUACUAAUAAUUUCCCAAUUUUCAUUUUUAUUGCAAAUAAUUUCACCGCAAAACACCUAAAUUUCCAUCAUAUUUCUCAUAAAAAUGGUACAAUUGUUUCAUUUAAACAAUCAGAAGUCUUAAUUAAAUCUUCAAAAUUUGAAUAUAUCCAAUCAAAGACAAUAAUCAAUGCAUCAGUUGGUUGUCUUGUUCAGAUUGUUAAUUCCGAAGUAAAUUUCGUUUCAGAAUCUACAUUUCUCCUUUCUUCUCGAGAAAAUGAUGUUAAUUUAACAGAUAACGCAUUUACAUCUUCGAAUUGCACAGUAUUAACAACAGAUACUUCAUCAGUGACGAUAGACGCCUUAUCAAUUCAUAAACAUAGAUCAAAUAAAAAUUUAAUUGAUAUUGACGAUGGAGUUAUUACAAUGAAUGAAAUAAAUAUCACAGACAGCUCAUUACAUGGCAUAUUAUAUUCCCAUAAUAGAAAUCCUUCAGUUGGAGCUUCAAAAAUACGAAUGCGAAAUAUUCAAAGUUAUUUUCCAUUAUUUACACUAUAUAAUGGAACGUCAGAGUUCGAAUUCAUUAGGAUUGACAAAGUUCAAUCAUAUUCAAGCGUUUUCUUCGCUUCUAUAUAUAAUCAUUCGAUUUUCAAAUUUAUUGAUGCAAAAUUUGCCAAAAUCACAUCGAAUGAUUCGAAUUCCUCGAUGUUGAACAUAUUUAAUACAACAUCAGUCACAUUUGAUGGUGUUAAAUCGCUCAAAAGCAAAAUUUGUGGCUUUCAUUUCAUAGAAACGAGUUCUAAACACAAUAAUAUCAACAUCACAAAGUGCAUAUGUCGGAUAGACGAUCAAUUGAAGCAAACAGAGAAUUCUUUCAUUUAUUUGAAGAAUUCGAAAUCCGACUUUAUAAACAAUAAAGCGACCGCAGGGAACAUACUAUCAUAUAGUUCUCAGUCAAUAAUAUCGAAUACCGUAUUCUUUAAUAACACAGCUAGUCACGGUACUGCAAUAAAUGCUUUUGACUCAGACAUCGAAAUCGACGUGUCACUUUUUAAGAAAAAUAAUGCAAUUGUUGCAGGGGGAUGCAUCCAAAUGAAAGGGGGCACCGUUAAGGUUACCAACUCGAAUUUUUCUAAAAACACGGCAGAGCAUGGUCCAGUGAUAGCGAUCUCCAGCGGAACAGCGAAAUUGAUCAACGUCGUUUCUGGAAAUAAUUACGGAUCUGGAACUCUUAUUAACUCACUUGGUAACUGCACAAUACACCCGGAGACCGUAUUUACCCCAGAUACUAUGGAAAUAGCUCUUAAAGGCAAAGGCGCUAAGUAUCAAUUCGUUGAUGCUCAUUUUGAAAACAAAAAAGGUGUUUUUUCCAAUGAAAUCUCAAUUCCUAUUGAUUUCAUCAUAAUAACACUGUUUGCUUUCUUGUCUCUGCUUAUUAUAUUGUCUAUUUUUAAGUUUACAAGGAAAGGAAGAGAUUCAAUAAUUCCUUCCGCUUUACAAUAG